UAUAUUCAUUUUAUUUUAUUUAAUCUGAAGUUUAUGUAUUUGUUUAUAAUAUUAUUUCCAUCAAAAGAUUGGAUAUAAAUUGUUUUGACAAUGAACUCUGCCUCCAUGAUACAUGAUAUAUAUUUUAGCAACUUACCUGAUGUGAAUAUACCACAUGUUCAAAUAAUUAAUCAAGGAGAAUAGAGGAAUUUUACUUUUCCAGUGAUGAUGAUGAUAGUUUUUCCUACAUUAUGUGGCUCUGAAUAAGACACUAUUGGGAGGUUGGAGCUAUGAGAGAAGAGACUUAGGUUUCGUAGGAAGAAGAGGUUUGUUCAUUAUACUAUCAACAAGGUCUGGUGCUAAAGAAGACUAUGCCUAGCAAACAAAAACUUUUUGGGGGGGUCGCUUAUUUUCACAGAAUUUGUGUUUGAUAACAAGCCUGAUGUAUUUUCCCAUCAAGGAAUGUAUUAUGGUCAAAUCAUUUGAUCAUUAAUCUCUGCAAAUGACUAACUUGGUUAACUUUUCAUGUGAUGUUUGCCGCUACCAUCCUAAAAUUCUUUGCCAAAAAGGUAUAAAGUAAACGUAUUUCACUGUUUCUGUUCUAUUUGCAAUUAGUUGGCUUCAUGCAAACCUCAUCAUUGAAAUAUUUUUUAGCUGGGAAAAUUAUGUUAUAUUUAUAUGAAAAGGGAAAUUUUUUUUUACCUCCUUCCACCGAGUUGAAUAGAAAUUGCAUCUGAAGCUAUAUAAAAAAUAAAGUUAAAGCAGUCACUACACUGGCCUAAACUGGUGGACAGAUCUUCCGAGUACAGAAUGUCUGCAUUAGAAGUAUAGUAUUUUAUCAUUCUUUUUUCCCUUUCCACCUUAAAUCUGUGUGUUCUUUUUUUCCAACAAUUUUACUGUGCAUUCUCCAUCCAUUAAAAUGUUUUGUGGAAAUUCUGUACUCUAGGGAGCAUUGGUAGUUGAUAAUAACUUUCCACAAUUAUUUUUUGUGAUAUAAGUGAGAACAUGGGUGCCAUGACGUUGUGUUUUAGAAUUUCUUAGAACUUCCCCCUGAAAAGAUGUGACUCUAACCUUUAAGAUGAUACUGUAUUUCAACAAGGUAUGCAGUGUGACUGUAAAAGGAGAGUCAAGCAGCCCUGAAAGCUCCAGUCUUCAGAGACCAGUCAGAAGUCAAAAGACCUAUGGGCUAUGUUUUAGCUAAUUCUAAAAGAGGGUAAUUGCAGAAAGUAAUAUAAGUUUGCAUGGAAUAAUCACUAAAUUCUUUAACUUGCUGCGACUACAGCCCCAAACAUCUGUUUAGGUGACUCCUUGCUACCUUACAAAUCAUUCUUAAACAUAGUGGCUUAAAAUAUUUAUUUUGCUCAGGAGUCUGUGAUUUGGAAAGGUUCAUUUGGCAUAGUGUGUCUUUGGUACACUUUGUGUCAGUUGUGUGGUUCAAAAGGAGGGGCUAGAAUCAUCUGAAGGCUUGCCCAAGCCCACGUUUGGUGGUGCAGGCUGGCUGAGAUAACAGGUGGGGGUCUUGGUCAGAGCACUGACAUGUGGCCUUUCCUUGUUGCCUGGGUUUCCUCACAGUAUGGUAGCUGGGUUAUAAGGGAGAGGUGGGAAGAGAGAGACAGAGAGGAAAAAGGGGGGUUGGAGAGACAGAGACAGGAUGAGCCUAUGUCUAUAUUGCCUUUUAUAACUUUCAGAAGUCACAUGGUAUUAUUUCCAAGACAUUUUGUUCCUUGAUACAAAGCCCUACUCAAUUUAAGCUGGAAAGGAUAUUAUCUCUGUUUCUGGGUGCAUGACUGGCAAGGUCCUGGAAGGUCAUGUGGGAUUGGAAAUAUUGCUGUGGCCAUUUAUAAAAAAAUACAGUCUGCCACAACAGUUUGCCUGAUUACCUGUGUUCUCUUAUCUCUGGCCUCAGAAUAAGUGAUUGGGAUGAGUGAGGUACCAACAUUCACUAGUUAAGUGUAGAAGGUAGAAUAUCAGGAUACAGAUUGAAAUACUUGUCUAUGUUCCUUUACACUUUAUUUGUGAUUUUAUUUCUUUCUGGAAUUCUGCCUUUGUUUGUCCUUAGGAGGCAGAGCUAAAAUUGUGAAAAAUAGGAUUUUAUGUUAUGCCAGCUUUAUUGAAAGGUGCUGUGAUGUAUUGCAUCUGAAUGACCAGUGUUCACAUUUCAGUUCCCUUACUUUCUAACUGUGUGACAUUGGGACAGUUACUUAGCUUCUCUGAGGUCACACAUUUACAAAGUUAAUGUGAUGAUACUUUUCAUAGAGAGUUCGUUGUAAAAUAGAGAUAUGAUAUGUAAAGGGACAGCUUAGUGACUGGGAGGUCCUGGGGUCUCAGCUAUUAUCAUUAGGCAGGUUGAUGAAAAUGUGUGAUUUAGGAUGUUAAAUUGAUUGUGACCAGAAUGAUAGAUUAAAAAACCAGUUUGGGAUAUGUAGAUAUUUUGAAGCUAAAACCAAAGGAUUUUGAAUAGAGGGAAACCUAUGAAGGGAUUCAGGAAGAGUAUGUCUCCUUUUUGAAAGGUACAUAAUUCUUUAUAUGCUGUUUAUCAACUUUUAACUGAGAUGAUGUUUCAAAUUUAUUAAAAUAAUUAGCAGUUAGUUAAGGUAUUAUAUUAAAUGUCCUAAUAUUGUAGUUCGAAAUGUUGUAUAUUUAGUGAAAAUUGUUACUUUUUUCCUACUUCUGUUUUCAUUUAUUUUUUGAAGUUUAUUUAUUUAUUUUGACAGAGAAAGAGAGAGCAUGAGCCAGGGAAGGGCAGAGAGAGGGAAAGAGAGAAUCCCAAACAGGCUCCAUGCUAUCAGCACAGAGCCUGACGUGGGGCUCAAUCCCAUAAACCACAGAACAUGACCUGAGCUGAAAUCAAGAGUUGGACGCUUAACAGACUGAACCACCCAGUUCUCAGGGCUGGAGAUCCAAGAUCAAGGUGUCAGUAGAUUUACUUUGUUCUGAAGUCUCCUUGGCUUGUGGAUGAUCACCUUUGUGCUGGCUACCUUAUAUGUUGUCUCCUCACACGGUUGUGCUUUAAGAAGACUAUAGGGAAGAACACAUUUUCUUCUUGCCACAAAAGUUGCAAUAGAAAAUCUGUGAAGUCUUAAAAGGACCGAUGAGUAUUCUCAUCAUUGAAGCGUUCUAUGGAGGGUCCCAUAAACAGCUGGCGGAUCUGCUCCAAGAAGAGUUAGAAGACUGUGUCCUUUAUUCCCUUCCUGCAAAGAAAUGGCAUUGGAGAGCGCGCACAUCGGCUUUAUACUUCUCCCAGAAUAUUCCCAUCAGUGAACAGUACAGGAUCCUCUUUGCAAGCUCAGUGCUGAACCUGACUGAACUGACUGCCCUUCGGCCUGACCUUGGGAAGUUGAAAAAGAUUCUGUACUUCCAUGAGAACCAAUUGGUAUAUCCUGUCAAGAAAUGUCAGGAGAGGGAUUUUCAGUAUGGAUACAACCAAAUUCUCUCAUGCCUGGUGGCUGAUGUGGUGGUAUUCAACUCGGUUUUUAACAUGGAGUCAUUUCUCACCUCUAUUGGAAAAUUUAUGAAGCUGAUUCCUGAUCACAGACCCAAGGAUCUGGAAAGCAUCAUCAGACCCAAGUGCCAAGUUAUUUACUUUCCCAUCAGGUUUCCUGAUGUGAGCAGAUUCAUGCCCAAGCACAAAACAACCCAUCUACAGAAGAUUCUCAGCCUUAAAGGAAAUGGUGGUACUGCUCCAUCGAUGGCCCCUGCUUUCCACCAGGAGCAGAAAGGUUCUGAGAAUCUAUUGAAGAAUUUUAAUUCAGAGUCUGGACCCUGUAAUGCUGCACAACAAGAAAACCUGGGUAGCUCAUUAACGCAGGAGCCAGACUUGAGAAUGUGCCACUCAUCAGAUAAUUCGAGCUCUCUUCAUGAGGAAGAUAAACAAAAUACGACUUCUAGUCCCUGUGACAUUUUCGGUGGAAUUGACGAUCCACAAAGACCACUGCACAUUGUGUGGCCUCACAGGUGGGAACAUGAUAAAGAUCCAGAGAGUUUUUUUAAGGUAUUAAUGCACCUUAAGGACUUAGGACUCAAUUUCCAUGUGUCUGUCCUUGGAGAAACCUUCACAGAUGUCCCAGAUGUAUUUUCAGAGUCCAAAAAGGCAUUGGGAUCGUCUGUCAUACACUGGGGCUACUUACCCAGCAAAGAUGACUAUUUCCAAGUACUGUGCACGGCUGAUGUUGUCAUCUCAACAGCUAAGCAUGAAUUCUUUGGAGUGGCGAUGUUGGAAGCUGUGUAUUGUGGUUGCUACCCACUUUGUCCCAAAGAUUUGGUUUAUCCUGAGAUAUUUCCAGCUGAAUAUCUGUAUUCUACACCUGAACAGCUUUCAAAAAGGCUCCAGAAUUUCUGCAAGAGACCAGAUAUUAUAAGAAAACAUCUUUAUAAGGGUGAAAUGACUCCUUUUUCUUGGGCGGCCCUACAUGGUAAAUUCAGGUCUCUGCUUACAACAGAACCUAGGGAAGAUUUGUGACAGAUGGGGCUAAGUCACAAACUUGCAGCCUAAGGCAGAAUCUGUAGAACUUUCCAGAGUGUGCCCAUAUUUACCUGAUCAGAGAGAAAAGAAAAUCUGCAGAGGAAGCUGAGCCUGGCUGCUUGUCAUAGCUGACACAGAGCCAUCUGCCACAAACCUGUGGCGGCUUCAGAUCUCCCAUCCCUGCCACCACCCCAACUCAAAUUAAAUACAGAUUCCUAGAGACGUUAUGAUGGUUACACAUGUCCUCGGCAUCACAUGGAGGAGACUGUUCAAAAAAAUAUGUGGCCUGUUGUAUAACCGCACUCAUGUAUCCCAUAUGUGGUGCCACAUUGAAUUUCCGGUUGAAUCCGUUUUUAUCCUUUGUACUGGAUGACAUGGUGCCUGAAUUCUUUCUUUUUGCCGACACGAUGGCAGCCGAACUGCAGCUUCAAAAGCUCGCACUUGGCUGUGUUUCUACCUAGGUUGCCAGGUUAUCAUCGGAACCUUCUUGUGUCCUCAAAGGGCCACAGGGUCUGAAGGGAGGAUCAGAAUGCUACCGGACUAAUUGGGCAGCCAUCUCACAGUUGUUUGUGGGCAAAGGGCUGCUUUAGCACUUUUAUUUUAGCCAAUUAAUGACUCUCUGGCACGGGGGUGUUUAAGUGAAGGUAUUAAUAAGGGGUCUGGCAGGUAUUCCCAUGAUCCGCAGAGUUACAUUUGCAUUUAAUUUAUUUUAAAGUUGCGAGAUAAACAGCUGUAAUUUGGACAAACAUGGGAAAUACACUAAGUGGAGCCAUCUUGCCCAUAAAAUGAACACUGAGAUACUCGUUUCAAUUUUUUUUCCCCUGGGGUAAAAAUAGAGAAAUCAAAAUACUUCUACUAAAAACAGUAAUUUUGAUAUAAAUAUUCCUCAAAAAUAUUUGCAUCCAGCUACAAAUAUGAUCUUUUCAAGAUAAAUCACUUAUGAUUCCAAUAGUCAAGCUGCUGUAUUUGUUGAUAUAAAGAUGUUUUGAACGGCUAGAUUGUAAAAUAAAUUUUUAAUAAAGUGCCUACUGCAAUUUUUAA